AUGACCAACUUAGGUGAAUACUUUGAGGUCAUAUUUAAAUAUGUUCCCAAUGAUGUUUUGGUUACAUUGCUUGAGAUCCCACUUCUUCGAGACCAAGUAUUAAAGAAACUUUAUUCAACCAUCCGAAUUACUGGUAGACUCGAUGGAAUUCUUAUAAAAGUACAUCAUGGUCCUUUACUUGAUCUAGAUCGAAUUCCCGUAUUGAAAAGUCCUAUGGAAUAUGUGAAUUUAUUGGAACAACAUCAAGCGAUAACUCCUAAAGAAUUAAUUGUCGAUGAUCCUAGUAUUGCACUUCUGUUGGCUCGUCAAUAUCCGCAUAGUUUAAAAGGAGUUGGAGUACAUAUCAAUCUUGAUACUAAAGAAAAUCAUCUACAGUAUAUGAUACAGUUUUUCAAAGAAUAUAAGAAAACUCCAUUUCUUGUCACUUCCCUUGAAUAUCAUUAUUUUGGUAAUAUGGCUCCUUAUGAUGACGAUACUGAAACUGAAUUUUAUGCGGGAUUGAAUAAUAUUACAAUUCCUCAUGUUGAUGAUAAAGUUCAAGAAAUGUUGAUGACGGAUAUUUUCAUGAAUGAUUUAUCAAUUGAAAGGUUUCCUAAUUUAACAUCACUUUCGUUAAGGUAUUUGAUGUUUCCUGAUGAUGAUUAUGAUAAAUUUCCGGCACGCUUGAAAAAAUUGGAAAUGCAUUUAUGUUUGUUUGAUCCAAUUCCAAUGGGUCCACAGAAACCUUCAAAUGGGAAACGUUUAUUGAAAUUAGAUUUACCGGAAAAUUUAAUUGAAUUAGAAUUAAGAUUGCAAGACGACAAUAAUAGGGGUGCUGCCACAGUUGAUAUUUCACAUCUACUGAAACUUGAAAAGGUGAGUGUUAGUAGUAAGACGUCGGAUAAUGUACAUUGUUAUUUGAAACUUCCUUCUAAUUUAAAAGAAGCUAGGUUUGAAUCAGGACAUUUCAUGGUAACGAAAUUAAACGUUAUGUGUCCGAAAUUAAAUUCUUUACAGAUAGAAGAAUCAAUUAUUCAAAAAAAGGAACUUCCUUUCUUGGUAAGAUAUUUACCAGAAACUUUGCAAAAAUUGACUAUUCCGAUAAAAGCAUUUACAGUUCUACCACCUCGUAAGAAUAUCACGAAGCUGAAACAGGAUAAGCAAAAACGAGUCAUGUAUGAAUUAAGAGAUCCUCAAAUCAAACUACCAAGUAGUCUAAGAGAAUUCACUAUUUCUGCAUUUAGAAAUGAUUAUCCAUCUUCUUUCGAAAUAGACUUUCAGGUAAAUGAAUUGCCAAACUUGGAGGAUUUAUUCACGAGUUUUUGUAGUCAGCUUACUAUUAAAGGGAAAUUUCCAGUUAAUUUAACAAGUUUGCAUCUAAAUGCAUACGAUGCGGGUUUGGAGCAAUUAAAAUUUCUAUCUAAACUCACUAAGCUUACUAUAACAGGGCUGACGGUGGUUAAAAAUUUUACCUUUAAACUUCCGGAUUCUUUAAAGUUUUUGGAAAUUUCAGAGGGUAAUUGGGAAACAAUUCAUAUUGAUGCACCUGACCUCAGGGAAUUGGUGUUAACGCAACAAAAUAUACCCGUAUUAAAUGAGAGUGUUGUAACUUUCCCAGAUACUAUUAAAAAAUUGAAAUUACAAGACUGCAAUAUCAUGAAAAUUGCUAUGGAGUUGCCGGAUUCACUAGAGGAAUUGGAUCUUGAAACAAACCUUCUUGAGGAUAUUCAUUAUCUUCCAUUAGGAUUGAAACGAUUGAAUAUGUCGUUGAAUAGGUUAGGAAGUGGAAAUUCAAUAGCUAAUUUCCCGUUAUCGUUAGAAACACUUGAUUUGUCAUCUUGUAAAAUAGAUGGUGAAUGGAUCAGAAGACUGAAUUUAGCCAUUUUGACUAAUUUGAAAGAGUUGAACUUGAUGUUUUCUUCUUUAUAUGAAUUGAACCCCAAUUGGUUACCUAAAUCAUUAGUUGUGUUGCAACUCAAUAGAAGUGGUUUGGUGUCAUUAAAGUCUAGAUUAACUAUGCUUGAAAACCUUGAGCAAUUGGAUUUAGAAGGAAACGGUAUUGGUCAUUGUUUUGAAGAUUUUAGAAGAAGUGGUAAAAUAUUCGGUGAUGCUAUCAGAUAUGUCAAGUUGAACAAAACUGGGCUAAUAAAGCCAACUGCUGAUGCAAUAUUUAGAGAAUUGAAUAAGAAACCACAUUUUGAAUUCCUUGAUGUUGAUAUUGGAUUAGUUCCUAAAAUGAGAAAUUCAUUCCCAUCAAAAGUAAGAAAGAUUGGAUGUCUGAUGGAUAACAGACUUGUUUGA